AUGGGGAUGCUCAGGACAUCAGUGGCCUUUCUUCUUCACGUGGCUGCUUCUUUGGCGGCCCCGGUGCCGUGUGCAGAGACGGUAGUUCAUCUGGAAGCACAAAUCCAAGGUCUGAAGACCCUGAUCAGCAACCAGCAUGGCUACAUCCAGGCACUCCACAACAGCCAGGCCGGGCAGCUGGAGCUCAUACCCAGCUCCCACCUGGGCCCGGAGAACCUCUUUAAAGACUGCUCCGAGGUGUUUGCAGAGGGUAACAUGGCCAGCGGGCUGUAUGUGAUCCGUCCACACGGCUCUCCCUCCUCACUCAGCGUCUACUGCGACAUGAACCAUGGGGGAGGGUGGACCGUCUUCCAGAGGAGGAGAGACGGCGAGGAGAGCUUUGACAGAGCGUGGGUGGAGUACAAGCAUGGGUUUGGUGACCUCUUCUCCCCUGAUGGAGAGUUCUGGCUGGGGAAUACAGCUCUACACAAUCUCACCUCCACAGGGAACCACGACCUGCGGAUCGACAUGCAGGACUUUGAGGGUAACCAGCGCUAUGCAGAGUACAAGAACUUCAAAGUUGAUGACGAAAAGGACCAGUACCAGUUACAUGUGGGAGAGUACACUGGGAACGCUGGGGACGCCCUGGCUCAUGUCCACAGCCCCCCCCCUGCCGGGAAGAAACGGACUGGUCCAUUUCUUACAGAAGAACUCCCUGGGUCAAACGGGAUCAAGUUCAGCACCUAUGACCAGCUUAAUAAUGGAGACACGGAGAACCGCACCAGUUGCAUCAGACACAGCAGGUCCGGCUGGUGGUUCAGCAGGUGUGACUCAGGAAACCUGAACGGUCACUACUACAGAGGGCCGGACCAAGGCAUGGCUGAUGACGGGGUGGUUUGGUACACGUGGCACGGCUGGUGGUACUCUAUCAAAUCUGUGGUCAUGAUGGUACGAGCUGCUGACCUCGAGCCUCCGCCACAGGUCAUUGCCCCGUUACCAGGACGACAGGCCAGCAGCAAAGCAAAGGGCGACAUCAUUGAAGAUCAUCAUGGCCGACUUCAACACUGAAAGCAAGAGAGGAGGCAGCGUGUCUCCUACUGCAGCCCAACAGCUUCCUGAAA